AUGGACGUCGGAGAAGAAGUUCCCAUUGUGGAGACAGGCGAGACUCUGGGCACCACCACGACCCCUGGCGUCCCGCUCUACACCAAUGCCGGACCUUCGCGUCCGCUGAAUGCGUCGACGAUGCUCUUCAUGGGCACUGACGACGCGGUGCGCGGCAAGCUGCCGGCCAAGUCGGCGUCGGGCCACAAGCUGCAGAUCCAGACCUUCCCUCACGGCGACGGCUUCCGCAAGUUCUACGACCAGGGCGACCACUCGCACGUGGUCCUCCUGCUCAACCGCAACACCACUCGCAUCGCCGAAUUCGACGACCCGCUCGGCUUCUUCUUCCACCGCAUCCGCCUCGGCCGUGUGUCGUUGGUGUUCAUGGGUGAGAACGACCAGGAGAACUUUGCGGCGCUGUGCGAGCUCGACCCCAACAUCGCGGCGGUGAACAAGGCCGGGCGCGUGUUCUUCUGGAACGAGCUCGAGGGCACGCCCAAGCAGAAGAUCGACGAUCUCACCCUCCGCAUCCAGGACAACCUCGGGCUCGUGCCCGCCGGCGUCCAGCAGAAGGCCGCUCUCGCGCCUCAGCGAAAGCGCGUGCUGCUCACCGAGAAGCUCGCCGGUGGUCCCUGGCAGCUCAGCAAGCUGCAAGCGCUGCUCGGCGCCCUGGCCCUCGGCGCGGUGUUCUUCUCCCUCCUCUGCUCCUUCCCGCCCAUCGACAAGCACGCCACCAAGCCGGUGCAGAUCACAGUGCCGGGCGCGGAGAGGUGGACGCAGGAGCAGAGGGACACCUACCUGGCGGAGCUGCGUCGGCUCGAGAAGGAGCGGCUGGAGCUGAGCGUGGACCGUCAGCGCGUGGAGGCGGUGAAGCGGAAGAUGAUCGAAAAGAUCAAUGACAUCGAGGACCUGGAGAAGACGAUCAACACCGAGAAGCGCCACAUCGUGUGCACCCUGCUCGAUCGCCACAACGCGCUCCUGCAGGAGUACACCUCGGCCGACCACGCCGAGAAGCACAUCGCCGAGCUCAGGCGCGACAUCAGCCGCAUGGAGGCGGCCCGCGCCCGCUGGUCCCCCGAGAGCCGCGAUGCCAUCGAGCUCGAGCGCAGCAUCGCCGAGAAGAAGUACGACAUGCGCGUGUGGCAGGAGGGCCUGAACGAGCUCAAGAAGAUCGAGCAGGAGCUGGCCGGCAGCGACGUGUUCUCGUGGAGCCAGCUUCCCGACUACUGCGACCUGCCCCUCAUCGCCCCGGCCCACUAA